CCAUCCAGAACAUCAAAAGUAUCUUCAUCAUCAUACGCCAAGUACAUCACACAGGUCACAAAUCUUGGGUCAGCACAAAUUCAGUCGACAGGGUCACGAAAAGCUAGCUCAGGAAACUCGAAAAGAAGAGGAGGACUCGACUUUGGUUCCGAAAGGGAGGAAUACGUGAAGACUCCGGUUCCUCAAACACUCGACUCGAUCUCAAACAUACACAUAGCUAUACACCAUGCUCACAUCAACACUCUUCGCCCUCGCCAGCGCGGCGCUGGCUUCCGCCCACACUGUCAUCACAUACCCCGGGUGGAGAGGCAACAACCUAAAAGACAAUGAAGAGUUUCCCUACGGCAUGCAAUGGACAUAUCCUUGCGGCGGUCUCACCCUCACCCAGAACCGCACCUACUGGCCCACAACAGGCGGUGCCAUCUCUUUCCAACCAGGCUGGUUUCAAGGCCACGCGACAGCCUUCAUCUACGUUAACCUCGGCGUCGGCAACGACGGUCCCGACGGCGGGCCGAAGAACAUGAGUUUCCCCAUGGUCAGCCCAUUCCAGAUCAUCGGGCCCGGAAAGAACCCGUACCCGGGCACCUUUUGUCUGCCGCAGGUGUCGACUCCCGCCGGGUUUGAGUUCAAGGAAGGUGAUAAUGCGACGAUUCAGCUUGUGGAGUUGGCGAUUCAUGGUGCUGCUUUGUAUUCGUGCGUCGACAUCACCUUCGUUCCCCCCGGUGACCCGCGCGUCGCCCAAGUCAACGAAUCCAACUGCUUCAACAGCACCGACCUCGGCGCCGCCGACCUGUACACCAUCAACAUCCUCGAGUCCGGCCGCGACAAGCUGGCGCUCACCAGUGCCGCUGCCUCGCUCGCCCGGAUGGCGGGCUGGGUUCCUCUUGUUGCUGGUGGGUUGUGGAUGAUGCUAUAAGCUGCGGCCCCGGGAAAAGAAACAUCGGUUUGAUGGAUGAUCAUAUGGGGCAAAAUGAGAAGCGGGUUCGGAUUCAAAUGAUACGAUGACACUCAAGAAAAGGAGAUGAUGAUUACUAAAAACACCGACUGACAACAACUCGAUGAGGUCGGGUGGUUGGGUGACUGAGAUGCGCUGAGAUGAGAUAAUGCGAGGAGAUAACAACCUUAAGUUGUCUGUGUGGCUGUUAGGCGCCAACGACAACAACGAGAAGUAAGGUAUCGAUAUUUUGGAGGACGAAUCGAUUUGUCCACUAGGCGUUCAUCUGGGAAACAGGAAAGGAAGGUGGAUUGGAACCAUUUUUUUGUUACAAGAUUCCCCGGCGCGGGCGACGGCAGGCGCGCGUUUUCAGUUCUUUAUUCUGUCGAUUUGUAUAUACCUCUUUUCUCUUUCAUCCUCUGUCAUUUUCGCGACUAUGAAAUGAGUAAAUACUGAACCCGGUUGGUA